AUGGAUUACAUACUUUGCAUUUUGAAUAAGCUAAAGUUGCAAAGGAAUAGUGAAAUAAUUCCAUUUGAAGGAACUCUCGAUGUGGACAAAAUAUUUAGGAAGGAACUAUAUGAAUCUGAUAGUGGUGAAGUUCAGGAGGAAGCCCUUUAUGUUUGUAAUCUCUCCGAUGUGUUGCGCAAGUUUAUCAAUUGGCGCACAAAAAUGCCAAGCGUGAAGCCAUUCUAUGCUGUUAAGUGCAACGAUGAUGAUCACAUCAUUCAGUUGUUGGCACGUCUUGGAUCUGGCUUUGAUUGUGCCUCUAAAAGUGAGAUCAAAGCAGUCCUCAAGCACAAUGUCUCGCCUGAUAGGAUCAUCUUUGCAAAUCCAGCAAAGGCUACGAGCCACAUUCGCUAUGCUGCAGCCACAGAGACAAGCCUCAUGACCUUUGAUUCAACAGCGGAGCUUGAUCGUAUUUAUAGGAUCUUUCCAGCUGCUCAGCUCGUUCUGCGCUUCAGGUGCGACUCAAAGAAGGCUCUCUGUUCAUUAGGCGCUAAGUUUGGUUGUGAUCCUUCCACAGAGGCUCAUUUUCUGCUCCUACACGCCAAGAAUUUAAACCUUUCCGUUGUUGGAGUUUCCUUUAUGGUCGGCAGUGGAUGUGGGGAUCCUACUGCCUACAGCGAAGCCAUUUCAAUUGCUCGAGAGCUCUUUGACUACGCCCUUGCCUUAGGCUACCACUUCCGACUUUUAGAUAUAGGAGGUGGUUUUCCCGGGGAUACAAUAACAGACUUUGAACCCUAUGCUGAUGCUGUAAAUGCCGCUCUUGAAAAAUUCUUUCCUCAAACUGAUAUAUUCUUUGGUUCUGUUGAGGUGAUUUCCGAACCAGGAACGUACUUUGUGGAAUCAGCCUGCACCGUAGCUACAACAAUUGUAGCAAAGAAUGAAAUUUUUGAUUCAGAAAGGAAGAAAGUGGAGCAUGUUAAGUACUACGUCAAUGAUGGAAUUCACGGAUCCUUUAAUCUUGUUUUUUUCGGUUACAACUCAUUCUACCCUCGAGUUUUAACACGCCAGUUGUUAAUUGAGGAAGUUAAGAGACCUCUCAUUGAUUGCUCCAUUUGGGGCCCUACGUGCAACAGCCUGGAUAAAAUCUGCGCUAAUCUCUCAUUGCCAAAUCUCGAAGUUGGGGAUGUGCUUGUUUUUCCAAAUGUAGGAAAUUAUAGUCUUGUCUUUGCCACAAACUUCAAUGGCUUUCCCAAGGCGAGAGUUCUCUAUUUUGCUGACAAGGACACCCUGAGAAUUCUUAGAAAUUAA